UUCUUUUUCGGAUUUUAGUUUUUGGGUAUCGUUUUUUUCAAAUAUUCUCUUAACAUGUACAAGUCUUGGUGCAAUUUUACUUCAAGUCCUCCUUGACAUAAAACUUCAAAGAUUUUGAAUAUUUUCCCAUUUAACCAAAGUUCAAGUUAAUUUACUCCAUCUCAUGAAAAUGGGAAUUUCUUUUCCUGCAGUAAAUGAGUAGGUUGUUAGAGUUUCCAUUCCUUUAGGGUUUUACGUUUUCCUUGAUUGGUUUCCGAGAAAAUUUUUGUUGAAAAAGAAGAAUUAAAAAUGGAAGAAUUUAAUCGAGUAAACGGGAACAGUAUCCCGAAGGGAAAUUUCGUGUAUGCAUCUGCAGUUGUAGCAACUGAAACCAACACCUCACAAAAUCCACCAAAGCUCCACUUAUUGAGAGACCAACAAGAAGCGGAAGAUAUGAAAGCCAAGAUCAUUGCUCAUCCUCACUGCUCUAAUCUCUUUGAAGCUUACAUGGAUUGCCAAAAGGUAGGAGCUCCGCCUGAAGUAGCAGCCCGGCUAGCAGCGGCUCGACAAGAGUUUGAGGCAAGACGGGGAUCUGCAGUGUCAUCGACAAGAGACACCAUUAAAGACCCGGAACUUGAUCAGUUUAUGGAAGCUUAUUAUGGCAUGUUGGUCAAAUAUCGAGAUGAACUGAUGAGGCCAAUGCAAGAAGCUUUGGAUUUCACUAGGAGGACCGAAGCUCAACUUAACAGGGUCAGCAAUGGCCUAGUGCAGAUCUUCAAUUCUGAUGAGAAGUGUGACGGUGUUGGUUCAUCUGAGGAAGAAGAAAACAAUAACCAUAGUAAUGGAGAAACCAGAACCGACCCUCGAGCCGAAGAUCGAGAACUGAAGAACCAACUCCUGAGGAAAUAUAGAGGCUAUUUAAGUAGUCUAAAGCAAGAACUUUCCAAGAAAAAGAAGAAAGGGAAACUACCCAAAGAAUCUAGGCAAAAAUUGCUUACUUGGUGGGAGUUGCAUUACAAAUGGCCAUACCCUUCUGAGACAGAGAAGGUGGCAUUGGCUGAAUCAACUGGGUUGGACCAAAAACAGAUAAAUAAUUGGUUUAUAAAUCAAAGGAAACGCCACUGGAAACCUUCUGAAGACUCGCAAUUCAUGGUGAUGGAUGGCUUGCAUUCACCAAAUGCAGUUCUUUAUAUGGAUGGUCAUUACAUGGGUGGCGGCCCUUAUCGUCCGGGCCCAUCUUAGUUUGCAAUCAACCCUUCAUACUUACAGAUUGGAGUCAUAGAGCAAACUUCUACAUUAUCAUGGAGACCUUUUAUUUUUUCUAUUCAAAAGUUGGAUAAACUAGUCUAUGUACAUUAAAUCAAAGAGUAAGUUGGUCUUUUCUGUUAUAAAAAUCAUUCAUUUGUAUUAUUAAAAAUUAACGUGAUUGACAGAAUAA